GAGGUGGAGAAGAGACGGCGGCUGCUGGAACGCGAAAUUAACGCACUUACUUUAGAAGUCCAGAAGGGUCAACAUGACGGUCGUCGACUGCGUAACGCGCUACGCGAGGCCGAGGAGCAGCUGUCUGCGGAGGUUGGAAAGUUUGCGUCCCUAAAGAACGAACUGGAGGGCCUGGAGGUUGGUGUGGUGGAUAGUGUAUACUGCCGCUCUCGCCCGUAUUCCCCAUAA